AUGGCCAAGGGCUCGGAAACUCCACCUCGAGAGGGGAAACCUUCUGAAAGUCGUUUUUAUGCGGUUAACCCUCUUAAUUUGCGUAAACGAAGUUCCCCAAGAGACGAAAAUGAGUCAAGUGGCCGAGGUAAGAUAUCUGUUCCUCAGCUGGUCAUGGACGCGGGGCAUGCGGCCCAGCAAGCGAGGGGGAUACAACCGACCCAUCGCCCUACGGCAGAUGAACUGUUAAACCAUCCUAUAUUAAGAAAUGACGGUUGUCAUAAUGCACCCGAGACCCAAGAGGCUGUGGCGCCAGGACCGGAGCCACUUUACCAUUCGGAGCCUUGCCAUUGCCCAGAUGAACCUUCAUCGUCAAGAAACCCAGACCCCUUUCGAGUGAUAAAUCCACACACAUCUGAAGAAGAAUCUUCUGAGAGGUCUGCAUUUAAUCAUAUGGUCUAUCCAACAGAAACUUGGGGUCGCCACAGCGGAAGCCAUGCAAACAUCCCGGCUACGCCCUGGCAGCCUCUAUUAACCACACCUCGCCGCACGUCAGUUUUGGGAACCGAGCCGAGGGUAGCUGUCAACAUCACGCAGAACAGUAAUAACAAACCCAGCAAAGUUUUCAAGGUUACCCAAGCAGCUCAGGAACCUGGCGACUUGGAAGGUCCAUUAGCUAGAAUUCCCCGACCCAUAGAGGUGGUGCACGUCCAUACGUAUCCAAUGCUGUUUUUCGAGAUGGGUCUCUAUUCUGUUCUUCUUAGCUUGUUAAUAGCUCAGCUUAUUCUUUGGGUUAUUUGA